UCUCUCUCUCUCUCUCCCUCCCUCUCCCUAGAAAUCGCCCCUGCCUCUCUCUGUUUCUCUGUCUCUCCCUGAACCUUCAAAAUUUCGAGAGCUGAAAUGGGUGUUCCGGGGACCGAUCCGCUGGCCCAGCUGAGCCUGCCGCCCGGCUUCCGGUUUUACCCGACCGACGAGGAGCUCCUCGUCCAAUACCUCUGCCGCAAGGUGGCCGGUUACGAGUUCAGUCUGGAGAUCAUCGGGGAGAUCGAUCUGUACAAGUUCGAUCCCUGGGUCUUGCCAAGCAAGGCGAUGUUUGGCGAAAAGGAGUGGUACUUCUUCAGCCCCCGAGACCGGAAGUACCCGAACGGGUCCCGGCCGAACAGGGUUGCCGGGACCGGGUACUGGAAGGCGACCGGCACCGACAAGGUCAUCAGCACCGAAGGCCGCCAGGUCGGCAUCAAGAAAGCCCUCGUUUUCUACAUCGGCAAAGCCCCAAAAGGUAACAAGACCAACUGGAUCAUGCACGAGUACCGCCUCCUCGCAAGUACCUGCAAGAGCGGAAGCACUAAGCUGGACGAGUGGGUCCUGUGCCGAAUCUACAAGAAGAGCUCGGGCGGGCAGAAGCCCAGCACCUCGACUUCCUCGAGCAAGGAGCAGAGCCACGGCUCGCAUUCGCCUUCCUCUUCAUUGGACAACAUGUUGGAAACUCUGCCCGAGAUCAACGACCGGCGCUUCGCGUUGCCGCACGCGAACUCGCUCAGGAUCGCGCAACACCAGCAGCAGCAGCAGCAGCAGCAGCAGCAGCGGCAUGAGCAGAAGCCCAGCCUGCAGGCCCUGAUGGGCUCGGGCAGUUUCGAUUGGGCCACGCGCGGUCUCAACUUGGAGCCCCAGCAACAGCUCGUCCCGGUCAGCCAGCCUCAGCCUCAGGGGCUCGUGAACUACGGCGGUAACGACGUGUUUGUACCUCAGAUGAACCGCCUCGACGGCCUGCAGAGGCAGCAGCUCGGCGGCUCGGCGAACGAGGAGGUGCAGAGCGGGAUCAGGACCCAGCCGCCGCCGCCGGCGGCCGGGCUAUACCAGCCGAGUUCGACCGGGUUCGCUCAGAACCUGGCGAACUCGCUCGACCCGUACGGGUUCCGCUACUCGGCCCACAACGUCGGGCUCGGGUUUCGGCAAUGAGAAAGCAAAUGACACGUGUACAUGGGCAUAGAACCGGACAGAUGGACGCAAAGGUGCAAACAAAACAGGGGGCGGCUCUGUAAAUAAUUAGAAUUCCGGGGGCUAACUUGAAUGGUUUUUAGAUUCGAAAUGGACGGCGUGGAUUCAUUUUUAGGUCGGUGAAGAAAAAAAGGAAAAGAAAAAAGUUGGGGGUGGAUCAUGCUAACUUCAAUUUUUUUGAGGUCGGAUUCAGUGUACACAGGCGAAUACAGACAAAAUCAGUUCAAGUAUUGUCGUUUGUAAAUACAGGAAAGUUGAGGGGCAAAACUGCAACGGCGUGAUGAAGGGCUUGGUGGUGGCGAUGGUGUCUCUAGCCUAUAGGAUUGGUGAUGUGGUGGGGCCAGGGAUUGGAUAUUGGUGCAACAUUAGGUGGGGGGGUUGAUGACUAUAGUGUUAUUUAUUUUAUUGGGUUCACAUUGCCAUAUGAAAUGUAUGUAAGCUUUGAUUAUAGCAUGACAUUGUUCGAAUAUUGUUCGUGUUAUGAGAACGGCUUGUUGUCUAA